AUGGUAGCUGCUGUCGACUCAUUCACCGCCAACACUUACGAAGAGGCUCGCAACCAACGCCUUGAAGAAAACAAAAGGAAGUUCCAGGAUUUGGGAAUUUCAAACAUUUCGAAGACUCUGACCCACUUGACUGCUUCUCCGAACAAGUCCCAGCAACGUGUUUCAAGACCCAAAGCAAAAAAUACCUGUUUUGAUUUAGAGCCAAGACGGUCUUCCCGUCAGCGCAACCCAAUCCAAUCGUAUCGUGAUGAUGUUGACAUAGGCCUGCCAACUUUGAGGAAAGGGUCAAGGAAAACUUCAUCUUCAUGGGGAAGCUACCUUGCAAGGCCUAUAGAGGAAGUCAGAGCUGCUUCUUAUGAAGAAAGGAGUGCUGCUUUUAAAGCGGCAGAGAAGCUUCAAGAGAAUCUACAGACUGAGAAUCCAUCUUUUGUCAAAUCAAUGGUUCGGUCUCAUGUUUAUAGCUGUUUCUGGUUGGGGCUUCCUUCAAAAUUUUGCGAGGAUCAUCUCUCAAAAACGGGGUCGGAAAUGAUACUAGAGGAUGAAGAUGGCAAUGAGUAUGAUGCUGUCUACAUUGGCAAGAGAGCUGGGCUUAGUGGGGGCUGGAGAGGGUUUGCUUUGGAACACAAGUUGGAUGAUGGUGAUGCGCUUGUGUUUGAACUGACUGAGCCCGCAAGAUUUAAGAUCUACAUAGUUAAGGCAUACCCCAUGCCGAGUCUAGAAUGUUUCAAAAACAAUGUGGACAAAGAAGAGAUUACCAGUGCUGAAAAGACAUCAAAGGCAGCCAUGAAGACGGACUCAGAAUCAAAUCAGAAACGAAAGUCAAAGAGAGGUAUUGUGCCUGAGAUGGAUGAGUCUCAAACUUCCCCAGACUCAGAACCAAAUCAGAAACGAAGGUCAAAGAGAGGUACUGUGCCUGCAAUGGUUGACACAAAAACUUCCCCAGACUCGGAAUCAAUUCAGAAACGAAGGUCAGAGAGAGGUGUUGUGCCUGUGAUGGAAGACUCAAAAACUUCCCCAGUCUUGGAACCAAAUCAGAGACGAAGGUCAAAGAGAGGUAUGGUGCCCGAGAUGGAUGACACAAAAACUUCCCCAGACUCAGAACCAAAUCAGAAACGAAGGUUGAAGAGAGGUACUGUGCCUGCAAUGGUUGACACAAAAACAUCCCCAGACUCGGAAUCAAUUCAGAAACGAAGGUCAGAGAGAGGUGUUGUGCCUGUGAUGGAAGACUCAAAAACUUCCCCAGUCUUGGAACCAAAUCAGAGAAGAAGGUCAAAGAGAGGAAUGGUGCCCGAGAUGGAUGACACAAAAACUUCCCCAGACUCAGAACCAAAUCAGAAACGAAGGUCAAAGAGAGGUACUGUGCCUGCAAUGGUUGACACAAAAACAUCCCCAGACUCGGAAUCAAUUCAGAAACGAAGGUCAGAGAGAGGUGUUGUGCCUGUGAUGGAAGACUCAAAAACUUCCCCAGUCUUGGAACCAAAUCAGAGACGAAGGUCAAAGAGAGGUAUGGUGCCUGUAAUGGAUGACACAAAAACUUCCCCAGACUCGGAAUUGAAUCAGAAACAAAGGCCAAAGAGAGGUAUCGCGCCCGAAAUGGAUGACACAAAAUCUUCUCCAAAGGUUCUGCCAGAUAGCCCCAAAGGUCAAGAAAUUGAACAGGAAGUCAGCCCGAUGAAGAAGAAUGAAGUUGCUCCUAAACAAAUUAGAAAGAAAGCUAAAGCAAACAGAGUUCGUAGCACAGAAAAUCCAGAAGGUUGCGAAGUACAGGAAGCAAACACAGAAAGUCCAGAAGGUUGUGAAGUCAAACCGGAAGCAAGCACAACUGAGACGGAUAGUAGAGUUGUUAAAGAUGAGAAGGAAUUUGUAGCUAGGAAACCCAGAAAGAAAGUUGUAAAGGAAAGGCUUUUCCGAAAGAGAGCAUAG